CCUUCCAGGGAGGAAAAAACUACAAAACUAGCCGGUAGCGAUAAGGAGAAGCUCCAAACUGAGCUUUUCUGUCUGCCAGUAGGCAGCCAAAAUGUUGGCGAGACUAUUUGUGCUGUUUUUGUUCUUUUGUAACCCAGUCUGCUGCGUUUUCCAGAAACUUUACUGCACCAUAUCGGACAGCUGCGACUGUGACUUUAAGCCGAAUAUUAGAGACUUGGAGUGGGACCUCUACAAAAAUGUCUAUGGACAGCAUCUGGCUCAGGACAUUGUGUCAGAGGAGGUGGCAAGGUUCCUUCAUAAUAAAAGCCCCAGUCGACCACUGGUGCUGUCUUUCCACGGCUCCUCUGGGACGGGAAAGACGCUGGUCAGCUCUAUGCUGGGAAAUCAUCUGUACGGCUCAGCCAUGAGCAGCCCGUAUGUCCACCAGUUUGUCCCCACGCUGCACUUCCCCUUGCCCCACCGAGUCAAGCAGUACAGGGAGGAGCUGAAGGACUGGGUGCAGGGAAACCUGACGGAGUGCGCUCGCUCAGUUUUCAUUUUUGAUGAGAUGGAGAAGAUGCCUCCAGGCCUCAUUGAUGUCCUGGAGCCCUUGUUGGGUCCGUCUCAUGUUGUAUUUCGCACCAACUACCGCAAGGCGAUAUACGUCUUUAUCAGCACUGCAGGAGAGGAGGUGAUAAACAAAGUGGCUCUGGAGAACCGUCAGGCUGGACGAGAGAGAGAAGAGAUCAAGUUGGACGACCUGCAGGAGGCCAUCGCACAGGCAGUUUACAACAAUAACACAAGCGGCCUCUUCCAGUCCAACAUCAUUCAGCAGAAGCUCAUCACCCGCUUUGUUCCCUUCCUGCCGCUGAGCCGAUACCAUGUCGAGCGCUGCGUGCACUCGCAGCUCUGCCAGCGGGGCAGCUGCAGCCGCAACGACGUGGUGGAGGCAGUAGGGGGCGACAUGAUCUACACUCCAUCUAAGGGAAAGUACUUCUCCAGCACUGGCUGUAAGACUGUCCCUGCCAAAAUCAACUUUUUCCUGUGAGCUGAGGGGAACAGGGGUUUAAUUUUUAGGACUGAAAGGGAAACUCUGAUAAAGAUGCUCACAUGCAGGUCAGAGUCAGAGCAGCAUCUGGAGGCUAGGAUGCCCUGGGAGCAUGAAAUCAAGCGGAGUGGAACUCCUGACUGUCUGGAUUUGCAAUCAGUGCAGUCAGUCUCCAUGAAGGUAUUGUUGGUGUUUUCUGACUUUUUCAGGAGUCAUACCACACUCUACCUCAAACCCAGCUCUACCUUUCAAUUUUUAUAUAUUUUUGUUGGUAUGGUAUGGUUUCAGAUUUCAAAGGCUUCAACUGGAAGUUGUUAAUUGAUGUUUUCUUGUUUUUAGGCUCAUUAUUUAUCCAGUCUUAAUUUAUUCUUUGUCAACACCGCCAUCUCUUCACGUUCAUACUGAUGAGUUGUCACAGCUGGAGGUUAUUUGGUGAAAAUGAGCGAAGACCUUUUUGUUUGUUUGUUUGUUUUGUCUUCAUUUCAUUUUUCUAAUGUUUUUACCAAAAAGAAUCACAGAAGAUUGUUUUUAAUGUUUUCAUUUUGGGUAACAUUUGUUAGCAAAAGCUGCUGUCCUGCAGGCUCGACGCCAUAUUUUGGGAGCAUGUGACCACUUCUGCCAUCAGGUGGCAGUAAAGACUUUGUUUUGACAAGUGUAAUGGAGGUGAAGCAGAGUUCACCAAGAGCUCAGUGCAUUUUAAUUCACUUACUCCCAUGUGAGUGAGUUCUGUAGUGCUUUUAUUUUGUUUCAUUGCUUUAAACUGUACUGUAAAGGCAGCAGGUACGCAGGUUUUUAAAACACUGAAAGUGCACUUUAUGGAGUAUUAAAAAGACCUGAUGUUCUUUGUCAAUUAUGAAAUAUUGCCAAAAGUUUGGAUUGUUUACACAAAAUUACUAAUUAUAAAGUAUUAAAUUUUUCUUGUGAUAAAUUACGUGUUAAAUGAAGUGAAGAACAAGGGUAACGGAGUUCACAGGAUGAAGAUGAAAUUCUUAUAUCAGGGUGAAGGUUGACACACACAGAGGCUCGUAAAACUCAAGACAGCCGCAGGGAUCAGCGUUCAUUAACUUUGCUUUCAGUACAGAAAAGUCUAAUCGUCGAAUCAAACGCCAGUUUUUUUUGAUUGAUUUUUACUUUUUCCACUCAGCUUUGCUGUGUUGCUAUGGAGAAGGCAGACUCUAGGCUAAAAAUCUGUCAUGUUUUGUAUGAAAAUUUUUAUGCCAUCCAUAAUCGGCGACAGUUCGACUCCUCACACUACCAUGGUUAAUACAAUCUCCACAACAAAAUA